AUGGUGCUUUCUGACUUGCUUACCAAACCUGCCCAUUCGAUCAUCAACCAAUCAUUUGAUUCACGGCUAAGACUCGAUAUGAGGAACCCCAUUAACGGAGACGGCUUUGGAGUUGGAUAUUAUGUGUCCACUUCGGACGGACGGGACUCAAAUGAUCCAUGUGUUUUCAAAGCUAUCACUCCAGCUUGGAAUAACGUCAACUUGAACAACCUUUCAAGAUGUACUCAAUCCAAACUAGUUUUUGCUCAUGUGAGAGCUCUGACCCAGGGAGUCCUUUCUGAAUCCAAUUGCCACCCUUUCUUCUAUGGCAAGAUCAUGUUUAUGCACAACGGAGGAGUUUCAGGUUUCAACAACAUCAAGAAACAACUCAUCACUCACAUCGACAAUCAGUUCUUUAUGCUUAUCCAGGGUUCAACAGACUCAGAAUGUUGUUUCGCUUUAUUCCUUGAUACGCUCUAUCGAAUGGGGUAUAACCCAUCCGACUCAACCGUCAAGUUCUCUCAUAAGAUCUUGAGAACGGCCUUGUUGAAGACCAUAGCCAUCUUGAAGGACUACCAGCUAUCAUUUACCACAGAGCCUUCACUCUUGAACUUUGCUGUCACCGAUGGUGAGUCUGUAGUGGUUUCAAGAUACGUCUCCCUGAAGACCGAUGAAGCGGCUUCGUUGUAUUUCUCUACUGGAUCCAAGUUCUUUGAAUAUGAACCCGGGCAUUUCAAGAUGGAAAGAUUAAAUCGGUCACAAAAUGUCGUGUUUAUACUGUCUGAACCAUUAACAUUUGAAAGAGGUGAUUGGAUAACUGUUCCUACAAAUACCAUUUUGACCAUCACCAAAAGUAAUACGGUGUUAAUGCAUCCCAUUAAGGACGAGUUUUACGAUUUAAAUAUCGAAAGAUCAAGUGGCUUGGCUAUGAGUAAAGGUUUAAUUGGUGGUGUGCCCAUUAAAACAGAUGAUCCACAUAUUAGUAUGUCUAAUAUUGACUCGGAUCUUGAUUCCAGUGUUCCUCCUUUGGCCCGAGAAGGUAGAACCACUUUACCGGUGAAUUGA